AUGGCGUUUUUGAGUGGUGUUCUCAGUAACAUCAAAGACCAUUUAGGGCAGCAUAAAAAUACUUUAGACAUUGCAAUUAACAGUCUUGAGCAAAAUAAACACCUCGGUAAAAAAGGUUUUAAUGUUGCGAUUGGAGAGGUGGUUAAAGGGGUGCGGGGGUAUAAUGAUGGUGUCAUGAAGUCUAAUAAAAAGGUGAGUGAACCAAUAAAAACGAUGACAACAAGAAUGAAUAAAUACACGGAAAAGGCCUUAAAACCGUUACUUAAAGAAAAAGAUUACGAAAAUCCCGAAGAAGUUCAGAAGGCUGUCGAGCAGAUUGACAGAGAAGUGGAGAGCUGUAAAGAGGCUGCACAAGAGUUCAAUGACGCUUUCAAUUUUGAUACUCAAGAUAAAAUGAAAAAAGACGUUGAAGAUCUUAAUGCGCCUUUAACUGCCAAAGUAAAGAGUGUCGCUGAGAGUGUCAAGCAUGAGAGUGACAGGCUGGGUAGGAUGGCGGAGAGGCAGAAAAAUGAGUUGAAGGACACGACGGAAAAAAUUAAAAAAAUUCUGGGUAAUUUAAAAGUGAGCGUUGACUGCAAAAUAAAUGAUGAAGUGAAAGAGUUUGUUAAUAAUUUGAGAAGCAAAAUUAAACCUAUUAAGGAAAAACUGGAAACAAUUACCACAACACUAUCGCAGUAUAUUAUCGAUUUGCAGACGUGGAUGAAUGAGACUAAAGAUUUCAUUGACAAAGUACGGCAAAAUGAAGUGAAGAAAAUCGUCAACGAGACGAGCGACAAGCUUACUGGUAAAACGAAUUUAAUUGAGGAUGAGAGACAAAAGAUGUUGAAGUUGAAAAAAGAUCUUACUACUCACAUUGAAAGCGUUAGAAGUAUUGUUAAAGACAAGGUAGCAGAUGCAAAGACCGUAAAAGUUGCGCAGUUAGAUGAGUGGAAGAAGGCAGGCGGAAGCGUUGUAAGCUCGGCGACAAAGAAGUGUACUGAGAUUGGUGGGAUGGUGGAGACUGAUGGUGCAGGUAACGGGGAUAUUCAUAAGUUAGCUGAAGAUAUGAAAACAAAGGCUGAGGAUCUAAGAAAGGCGGCAAUUGCAGUUGAAAAAGAGAUUAAACGGAAAGUCAGCGGUGCUCUGCAGGCCGUCCAAAAAAUGAACGAUGACCUCAGAAGUGAUCUAUGCAAGGUGAGAGAGCAGAUGUUUAAUAACGGUAUUUGGGAAUACGUUAAGAAACAGAUUACGGCCGUCAUUGAUGCAGCAAAACUAGCAAAUGGUACCGACGUAACGCCUUGUUUCGAUAGGUUAAAGAGCGGUUUGGAGAAAGGUAAAUUGCAACAGUUGGUGACUGCUGUUGAGAGUAACACUUCAGAGAAGAAUAACAUAGGGAAGCUACUUUACUCUCUAAAUUUUUACGGCAACGUUAAACGUAGAACGCCAUUAAAUCCUCAACCUCUCAUUCAGGCCAUCACCCAGGACCUUGAGAAACAAGUCGAUAUUAACAUGGGGAAGGAUGAAGAUGGUGAUAGUAAGAUCGAGUUUGUUGAAGGCAAGUUUGCAAAAUACAAGUUGCAGGUGAACCAAAGCAAAGUGGUUAACACCCUCACCGGCAAGCGGGGGCAAAAUGAAGGCGCUCUGCCAUCCGCAAUUGGUGAAAUUAGAGAUGUCGGCUUACAAAGACUUACGAACGGAAAAGGUAUUCCAGAAAUGUUGGUAGAUAGUUCUACCGUUUUUUCGCACCCCUUCGAUCAAAUCACCGAAAAACUCAAUAAAAUCGCCGGGCUGGUUGACAGCGACAAAACGAAGUCGGGUGCAUUGGCGGAUGGGCAAAAGAACGGCGUCAAAAACUACUUGGAUGAUAUCACAACCCUGCUUGGCAAAGCUCCCGUCGACCUCAAGUCAGAUAUAAAAGGGAGCCACAAAGGUGUCCAAGGCCUCGAGACGAUCAAAAAGGAAAUUACCACCGCGCUGGACGGUAUCGACACAUACGCUUCCGACAUCUCCGUUUCCUACAUAACCGAUGGCCUGGAUAAGGUAUCCACCGCAAUCACACAACACCUUGGAGAUCUCGAGCAAGCUAUAGAUCAAACCACGAAUGCCGUCCAUGCGAAAUUGAUCGCUCUGAAAGACGAUAAAAUUGGUAACGCUGCGAAUAGCAAGACAAUCAAGGAGAACACCUUACAAGCCAUUUCUGACAAACUUGACAAACUACAGAAGGGCCUGGUGACAGAUGCUAUCAGAGAUACCAAGUCGCUGCUUGAUACCUACUUGACGAAAGCUGAAGAAUACUACGCGAAAGAACUUAAAUCUCACCUCAACACUCAAGUAAAACAAGCCAUCGAGACGCUCACCACCCACUCGCAAAAGCAUUAUUUCCUCGCCACAGUACAACUCUUGUCCGAGUUCUCCGAAAGGGUUGAGAAGGAGUUGAAGCCGCUGCCGCAAGAAAUAAAAAACGAUUUGGAAAAGGGGCACAAAGGGUUCAUGAAUAAAAUAGAAAAGUAUUUCAUUGGAACUGACAAAGGAAUUAAAGUCAUUAGGGACAUCAAGACCACCCACUCUCGUCCAGAGAAGUCUCCACUCAGCCAGGCAGCUGAGAGAGCAUACAACGCUUCCAGACGUUUAUGUCAUUAUUUGAAGUCACAGACGGACUUCAUAUCAGACUUUCAAAAAUACGAGCCCUUGCACAACUCUCUUCUAACUUUGCUUGAUGGAUUUAAAACUUCCGAACAUUUCAAUCACCAAUUUAGAGAUAACUUAGACACAGUUAAGAAUACUCUCGACCAACUCGCUCCUCGGCAAUUCGGCACAUCUUCGACGGUCAUGUUACAAGCCCUGAAAGGGGGAAUUGCUGCUUUGGUCGACGCACUUGACAAAACCUACGUGAGCAGUUACUCCGGGAGACAAUGGCAGGAGGAGGAACUGGGACACUACGCCAAAAUCUGUUGGACCAUCACGCCCAUCUUAUACGACGCUCUAACUGAACUCAAGAAUAGACUCGAAUAUGAGAACUGGAAUGAUUACAAAAUAUAUCACCCAGCUGACAGCACCUCCAGCCUCCACGCUCUCUUCUUCCGCGACAACGGGUAUGACUUCAAUCGUCCUGAGAACGCUGAGAAUGGCGGACUGAAUCACAGACAAGACUUCAAUGGUAGCAGCAUUCUCAAACACCUAACUAAUGAAGCGCAUAAUUUGUUCAGUCAACUGUCAUCUCCCGUCACCGGCAUUCCUCCAUCGACAUCCGGGUCGGACGAGCUUGAUGUAACCGUCGCGGAGGAGAGUGGUCUCAUCCAAAAACUCUAUGAUUUCCUGCAGACGUACUGCAAAGUCUGCCACCUUACCCGUAUUGACAAACCCCGGGCGCCAUGCUCCGUUUACGAAAUUCUCGUCUGGUGUAACGGCCUGCAGUUCAACCCCGUGUACGAGAGGUUCAAGAAGCACGUUGAAUCUGAGUUCAUGAAGGAGGACAAGCUAAAUCCAGGUACAAAGAAGCUGCAGCCCUUCGAUGCGCACCCGUCUGCUGUCAAAUACGGUGACGUUGAAGCAGAGCUCUACAAUGUGUCUGCCCAUUCCCAUGCCGUCCUCACUGCUAUCCUGGGCCACGGUCACAGGGACGGAAUCUACGCGUGUGAAUUCUCCGACAACUCGCUUAAAUUAGAUUACCCUAGCAACAUGAUCCAACUGCUGUGUAUGUUGUUCGAUCUGCUUAAGCGCCUCUACCACCAGCUGUACUUCCUGCUGAAGCAGUGUCGGCACAAUGCUCAGCUCAGCGGCUGGAAGGACUGCCACUACGGCAGGUACAUCGGCGGGUCAGGCUGGCAGUGCAACACAAAGCAGUGCCCUAAGCAAGACUGCGACCAAAGUCACGACCAAAGUGGCAACCAAAGGAAUGAGCAAUAUCCCAACUGCGGCGUCAAGUCGCCACUGCAAUCGUUCUUGGAGGACGGUUUGAAAGGCCACCUGCCGCAUUCGGUAGCAGCUAGGGGAUCGAGUCUGUCAUGUGGCACGUGUGGUAGUACACCUGGUAUGCCGUGCAGGACGCCAAUGGGCUUCGCUGACAUCAGUGCCAUCGCGUCGCAUACGAUGAUAGGCCGGAAUAUAUGCGAGGUGCUUGAGGCUUACUGUGGGAGUGCAAAAUCGCCUCUUACUAGACUGUGCGGUUACCUCAACUGCCUGCUACCCAGUGCGCCGAAAACGCUGGCGGACAUGUUCAGCUUCUACUAUCACCUCACCGACCGCUGGGGUAUGAGUGGUAACGGACACAAGAAAGAGGCAUUUGAGGAGAAAGUUAAAGCUGCCAAUUUCGGACGUAGUUAUGGUGAGUUGAAAGUCUACUACUUAUUUACCCCUAGUCACUCAGCAUUGAAGAAGGGCCACUCCGAUGGUAGUCUGGGCAGUCUCGUAUGCUUAUCAAGGGAAGCCGUCGUAUGCGGUCCUUAUCUCCGUCCCAUCAGUCAAUCCAUCUACGAGACGUUCUCGUCAAAACACGCCGAUAAGUACUUGUCGUGGAUAGUUUACCUGACGGCGACGUUCUACGAUCUGCUUAAGAAAUUGUAUGAUGAGUGCAAUUCCAAAUGCGGUGCCAGGGGAUCGAAUUGCCACGUAAAAGCGUGCAUCAAGGGGUGUCCAACUACAACCAUAGCGCAAGAUCCGCCACGAUAUCACGAUGCCAAAUGCAAAUCCAUUGUAAAGUGCAAUGCUACGCUGCCGACAUUGGCGAAGUACGGCUUCGUUCUCGGCGAUCCAGAGAGGCUGAACGGGGAUAGACCAUCGCAUACAAAACGCACGUGCAGAGAUUUCUGUAAUGUAUUUGCGGAGGCAUUUGAGAAGGACUCACAUCUUGUGAAGUUUUUCAAAGCCAUUGAUAAUUUCAUGUUCGCCAUCCGCGCACCCUUCCUGUGGAUGACCGUGGCACUCUGGUCACUGUCCCUCUUCUACCUCAUCUGCGUAAUGGUUGGCAGACUGGAUGUGCUCCACAUACGCUCACACCUGAGGAUACCGUCGUCGCACAAGAUAACGCCGCAGUCAUUGUUGGCUGCAGCGCAAGUCGGAAGGCUUGCCAAGAUAUCGUAUCUACAACCGUAA